AUGCAGUCCCACCACUCCUCCAAGUCCGCCACCGCUACUCCCCGCCCCUCCCAGAUGGGCACCCACCUGGAAGUCCCCGGCCAGUCCGUCCGCCCUGCGUCCGGUCCACCCAUCGUUGGCACCUCCGGCAUCAGCGCGCGCGAGCGGGCCGCUGGGGGCGGCUAUAGGCAGUCCGGCGCGCAUCUUGACAGCGCCCGCUCGUCGCAGUCCAACAAGCCUCUUUCAGCUGCAGGUCUGCAAGCGCCAUCUGCACAGCGUACUUCCAACGCUCCGCGCUCUGAGGCGGCUCGUGCUUUCACGGCUCCAGCUUCUCAACACUCUGGCGCGGCUGGUUCGUACCACACGGGCACUUCCCGGGCCCUGGUUCACCAGCCCUCUUCUACAGCUUCGUCUUCGCAGCAGCGUCCCAAGGGCGCUCUACCCCCCUACAACGACCAGCGCGGCGUGGGCAUGAAGUGGAAGGCGGGCGCGAAGUCGCUGGCGACGCUGCGGCCGGGUGAGAAGCGGCAGUACAUGGAAGUUGUGACGACGACGGCGCGGAUUGUGCAGGAGUGGCGGGACUAG